AGAGGGAAUAAACUUAUCCUGUGAGAUCUGCAGACAUGUCUGGAAAGCCAGUUUGUGUUGCUGAUUUUGAACAUUAUGCUAAAACAUUUCUCCCCAAAUCAGUUUAUGAUUAUUACCGAUCUGGAGCAGAUGACCAAGAAACAUUAGCAGAUAACGUAGCAGCAUUUUCAAGAUGGAAGCUGUACCCCCGGAUGCUCAGGGACGUGUCUGUAAUGGACCUGUCAACCUCAGUCUUGGGGCAGAAGAUCAGCAUGCCGGUCUGCGUUGCGGCAACCGCUAUGCAGCGCAUGGCUCACCCUGAUGGAGAGACGGCGACCGCUAAAGCAUGCCAGGCAAUGGGGACUGGAAUGAUGCUGAGCUCCUGGGCCACCUCCUCCGUUGAAGAAGUCGCUGAAGCAGCUCCUGGAGGCCUUCGCUGGCUGCAGCUUUAUGUGUACAAGGACCGAGAGGUUACCAAGUCCCUAGUGAAGCGUGCAGAGAGAGCAGGUUACAAAGGAAUCUUUGUGACUGUGGACACACCGUUCCUCGGAAGGCGUAUUGAUGAUGUGCGCAACAAGUUCCAGCUUCCUCCCCACCUCAGGUUAAAAAAUUUUUCAAGCAACAACUUGGUCUUCUCAGGGCAAGACUUUGGGGAAAACAGUGGACUGGCUGUCUACGUAGCCAACACAAUUGAUGCAAGUAUCAGUUGGAAGGACAUCAAAUGGCUUCGUCGGCUGACAUCACUGCCCAUUGUUGUAAAAGGAAUCCUAAGAGCUGAUGAUGCUAAAGAAGCUGUGCAGCUUGGGGUAGAUGGUAUACUGGUGUCAAAUCAUGGAGCACGUCAGCUUGAUGGAGUUCCUGCAACGAUUGAUAUCUUGCCUGAAAUUGUUGAGGCUGUGGAGGGGAAGGUGGAGGUGUUCCUAGAUGGUGGCGUAAGAAAAGGCACAGACGUACUCAAAGCAUUAGCUCUGGGUGCCAAAGCUGUAUUCAUCGGCAGGCCUCUCAUCUGGGGCUUGGCUUAUCAAGGUGAAGAAGGAGCAAAAGAAGUUCUCCACAUGUUGAAGGAAGAGUUUCGACUGGCAAUGGCACUGACAGGAUGCCGGACUGUAAAAGAGAUUGGCAGGACAUUGAUACGAAGGCAUGAAGUACUACUUUCCAAGAUUUAGAUCUGAAGAUGAUCCCCUCGCUUGCUGCCUGUUGUACAGAAAGCACACUAGAUAAAAAACAACGCUAUUUGCUCUUUGGGUCUCAUGCUGCAAUUCUGACUGAAAAGGAGUCUUCUGUAAGCAACUGCUUGUUGAAGAAGUUAUUUGCUUCAAGUUUUAAAGCCUAUUCUGCUAGGCUUUUAUGGAAAGCUGCUGUGCUGUUAGUUGUGAUUAGAGAUGAGUCUUUAUACAAGACCAAGAUAGAAACUUGAAGGUGUUUUGCAAUAAAUGCUGAUAUUAGCUUUCAAACCUUUUUAGUACUAAAACCAUAAAACCAUAAAAGAACACGUUCUGAUGGCAAACAGCUAUCAAAAUGUAAAAAAUUAAAAUGUAGAAGGUACUUUUCUCACUGGUUAGAGAAACUACAGUGUAGAUCAGAAAUUAAAUCUUGCUCUAUUAUGAAUAUAAUUUCUUCUCCCUAAUAGUGAUGUGCUAUUCCUUAAUAAGUAUGUGGACUUACAUCAUGUAGGCUGUAGAAACUCAGAGUUCUUAGUUAUAAAGAACUGCACAGCAAAGUGAAAUUGGAGAAGUGACUCAAAGCCCUUUGCAAUCAGACAACCACUGUGCUUGUGAAUCAGACACACAUCAGAUCUUUGGCUUGUGUGAAUCCUGGUAGGUCUAUUGCCUUCACCAGUAUACCCAGCUGGAUCCCUACGUUAUGUUUUUAAACUGGACUCAAUUCUUUACAGUUUUUUAGACUAUUGGAUAAAUCUGUAGCAUCUUGCAUCAGCAUUGCAGAAAGGUUUUGAAAAUCUUGUUCUGGAAUUAUUUUUUUUUAAGCCACCAUUACACUGUUCCACUGUCACUGAUAUCACUGUCUGUACCAUUUGUUUCUCAUCAAUGUCAGGAGAACUUGUGCAUUCUGAUUCUCCCUUUUUGCUUUAUUUGAAAUAUCAUGUAUUGAGUUUUAGAGGCAGUUUUGUCAUAAAUGAUGGAAUAGUACAAUAUGAACUAAAGCAGAGGCUGGAACUCAAAACGGGGAGAAAACCCAAAAGGCCACAUGCUUGCCCUUCAGUUGUAAAAUUUGUUCUCUUAUUUACUGCAGAUUGUAGUGUGUUGUGUAGGGGUUGCAUAGCAACAAAAUAAAGUUUAUCUGUGUAAGGAAAUAUGAAUGUUUCUCAGAGCAUAGAGAAGCAUAAUUUCUGCUGUUUACUGCACUUAUCAUAUCUGUUGCAAUGUGGACUGUGUCAGAUGUCAAUUACAGACUAACUUCAGAAAGACUGUUUAUUUCAGAUAAUAUAAAUGUUACUUAAAAGAUAGGGGAUAAUAUCUUAUGUUUACAUGUUUAAGAUCCAUUUCUAAAGUUUAGAAGAUGCAGUUUCCUGUCUUAGCCCCAACCAAAUUCAAGUAAAGUUCUGUAACUCUGUGGUCCAGGGUAAAUUCUGCUGGUGAGGAAACUGAUUUUGUUAUUUGUGCAAAAUUAACUAUUUCUAGUUCCUUUGGGCAAAUGGGCUUGUAUUCGUUCUUUCCUGCUUGUUAUCUGAGAAUUGCCUGUCUUCCUUUUCAAUCCUAGUAAGAAUAUACAUGCAUUAAAAAACAAAAACAGAGUCAAGUACUGAAAGGCUGUGAGACAGAGUUGACAGAAAUUAAAUUCGUUUCUGUUUAAAAGAAGAAGUAUAUAUAUUUCACAGUCAAGGGAAUUUUACUAGAUUUGGAGACAACUAAAUACAAUUGCUUCUUGAAAUGCUAAUGAAA